CCUGUGCCCAUUGCGAGGACUUUCUCCUCAUCUCUCCUCGCUUUCCCCAACUCCUCUCUCACUUCUGUCUGGUUGAGCCCAGGGGUGGGGGAUGUAGUCAGAGGGGUUGUGUGUCUUUUUAUUUUCUCCUGCCAGGUCUCUCUCUCCUCCAUUCUCCAUCAGUUUGACAAUGGUGCCGACUGAGGCUGACUGCCCUUCUCUACAGGACAGGGCUGGUGCCCCCCUCUCCUGUUUCUCUGAAAGUCUUCCCUAGCAUCUCUUGGCCCCUCCAGAGGACUUUGACUCCCACACACUCCCUGGCACGGACACCCCUCUGCUUCUCCCCGAACAGCAGUGUCUGGGCCUCACAGGCUUCCCCACUCCCACCCCAAGACAAAAUCAGCCACCGCAGGGGCCUGGCCUCACUUGCCUCUGGAAGCCACAGCCAGCCAGCUCCUGUUCUAGCUCCCAGCCCAGCUAUGGCAUCCCUGCUGCCCGUCCGGACCUGGCCCUUGAUCAUGAUUCUGCUGACUGUCCUGGCCCUGGGGGCUGCAGACUUCAACAUCUCAAGCAUCUCCGGUCUGCUGUCCCCGGCACUAACGGAGAGCCUGCUGGUUGCCUUGCCCCCUUGUCACCUCACAGGGGGCAAUGCCACACUCAUGGUCCGGAGAGCCAAUGACAGCCAAGUGGUGAAAUCUAGCUUCGUGGUGCCUCCAUGCCGUGGGCGCAGGGAGCUGGUGAGUGUGGUGGACAGCGGGGCCGGCUUCACAGUCACCCGGCUCAGCGCAUACCAGGUGACAGACCUCGUGCCAGGAACCAAAUACUACAUUUCCUACCUAGUGACGAAGGAGACAUCCACUGAGUCCAGUAGAGAGAUCCCAAUGUCCACACUUCCUCGAAGGAAGGUGGAAUCCAUUGGGCUGGGAAUGGCCCGGACGGGGGGCAUGGUGGUCAUCACAGUGCUGCUGUCUGUCGCCAUGUUCCUGCUGGUGGUGGGCUUCAUCAUCGCGUUGGCCCUGGGUGCCCGGAAGUGAGGAGGCCAGCGCCAGGCAGCAGGCCUCCAUGAGGUCCGGGACCCUUUCCAUUUCCCCAGCCUGUGUGCCCACCUCCUCUGCUGAAAAGACUACCUGCUCCCAGUCCUCAACCAUGGCUUCUAAGGGGCCUUCACCUCUCCUCCCUGCCCCCUCUCACUGGAGCCUUUUCCUCCCUCUGCCCUCCCCUAGGUCCCUGGUGCCUCCCCUCCCCCCACUCCCUAUAAUCCCCUCCAACCCACUCCUGUCAGAACUGACGCUCCUCCCACUUCUCCUCUUUAAUCUCACCGCGCACCCCCCCCCCAACAAUUCACCCUUUCGUCAGUGACAGAAAUCCCCUCAAUAAAGUCUGA